UGUAAUUGUGUAAUGUCAGGUGAGAAGGCUGGCAUUGAAUAGCUGCAAAGCAAGUGUUGUUAUGUAAACAUCUCGAGCUUCUCAGUGAAGAAGCUGAACAUCCCUCAAUAGCAGAAGUUUCAGAGCUGGGAUGUCUCAGCAUGCACUCCCCUGCUCGUUAUAUCUGAAGUAAUUGAGGAAGUACAACUUAGUCUGAAAAGACAAUGUCAUGCAGAGCACAAAGGCAUACACACCCAAGUGUUGGUGACAGAGGGACCGUGAAAAGCUCCCAGCUCCUGUCCCACUAUGACUAAAGAUGACCAGCUGACAGAAGUAGCAAUGGACACUAUGCAUCAGGGUUGUGCAUGACAUGUGGCGGUGCAGGAAAAUAGGUGGUGCCUAGUCCACAACUAUGGACCUUGACAUUCAGUUUUAGGAGAUCCAUUUCACAGUGACGGCCAUCAGGAGUGAAAUCAUCAUACAUGCAGUUUUAGAGGGAGGCAAUUGUUUUCCUGGUUUAAGAGCAGAUCCCCGUGACAACCUGACAUCUGUAUGUUCCCGCAAUGCUACUCAGUGGCAGGUUACUUUCAUCAAAUCACAUCCCUUCUGCAAGAAAAAAGGAUGGAAUAGCAAACCAUCUCUUGGCAUAGCGUGGGUUUCUGCGUCUUCACCCAAUACUGGAUUCAAAAUGAAAAGAUGUGCUAACAUCUGGAGCCUUCUAGCGACAUUAGUGUUUUCCGCUCUCCUCUGCCAUCAUAAUGUUAGCUCUUACAGUUUUCCCCAAUGUUCUGUAUUUUAUAAAGACUCUCGACGAGUUGACUGUGUUGGAAAAUCCAUUAGCAGUGCAUCUAAAGCAGUUGAACCUUUGAAAUCAGACACAAAAUGGUUAAAUCUCUCCCAAAAUUUAAUUGCAGUGCUACAGCCUGGGUCUUUCCAGCGCUUGCCUUCUCUUUUGGAGCUCAGAUUAGACAAUAACCAGAUACACUCUCUAAUGGAGGGAGCUUUUAGAAAUCUGACUUCUCUUUUUAUUUUAAAUCUAAAUGGUAACCAGAUCACAUCUUUAGGUGCAUCAGACUUUGAGGGUCUUCCCAACCUUCAGUAUCUCAGUAUUUGCAAGAAUAAAAUUAUGAGCAUACAUCAGAAGGCAUUUUUUAACCUAAUAAAUUUAAAGAAGCUGUAUCUGUCUUCGAACAAGAUUUCUGAUUUUUGGAAUGUGUCACAAGCAAUUGUAGAUUUAUUGAACUGCACUCAUGUUGACUUCAGUUUGAAUAACAUAUCAACUCUGGUGAAAGAAGGUGACCAGGUAACCCUGAAUUUCCUUAAAAGCUUAAACCUGUUCAGCAAUAAUCUGACGAUAUUUGACUUCACCUCCUACCUUUUGCCUGAAUUGCAGUACCUUAACAUCAGCAAGAAUAACAUGAAGGAAAUCCAAAUCAGGUCAUUCCAGAAUAUGCCAAGUCUGACCACCAUUGUAUUUGACUUUAACCCAUUAAACAUUUCUCAGCUUUAUGAAAGCCAGCUAGGAAAUCUGAGCACCCUUCACUGGUCUGUUAUGGAGCCAUCCUUUGGCAAAACGGUUAACGAAGCUUGCCGUCUUUUUAGAACUCUUCCAAAACUGAGACAUCUGGUGGCAUUCCAUGCAAAAGUUAACACAGCAGCACUAAAUCAAAUUGCAGAGUGCUCCAAUUUGAGCAGUAUAAACCUCUAUAUGACUCAUAUACCCACAAUGACCAAUAAAGAACUCUCAAACUUCAUAAAUUUGGAAGAACUUUCACUAGAAAAGUGCAAGCUUAAAGAAGUGAGUAAAACUGCUUGGCCGACAACUGGUAAACUGCAUACUUUGAAACUUGCCAGCAACAAUAUAAAACUGUUAGAUGAUGAUCUUUUUACUCCCCUGACAAAUCUUGCAUACUUGGAUCUUUCCAAAAAUCACCUUACAUACAUUAAUGGACUUGCCUUCUAUGCAGUUAGAAACCUAACAACUCUUAUUCUGAGAGAUUGCCAGAUUGCAGCUGUUGGGAAAAACUCAUUUAAAUUCCCCCAAACACUGACAUAUCUAGAUAUCAGCUAUAACAGUUUAACAGUCGUAAAACAUCAAUCAUUUUAUAAGCUAAGAAAGCUUGAAACAUUACUUUUGUCUGGAAACAAAAUUCUGUCAAUAAAUCUGCAAGGUUUUGAUGGUCUAAUUAGACUAAAAUAUCUUUCUCUUGCCGAUAACAACCUUUACAAAAUAUCAAAUAAAACAUUUAAACCACUAAAAUCCCUGGUUACUCUAGACCUCAGUCAAAAUUCAUUUGCAUUUGAUUAUAAGCAUCAGUCCUCUCAACCUUUCAUUCAUCUCUGUAAUUUAACACAGCUGGAUCUCAGUCAGCAGAUCCCAAAAACACAUGGGUCUCCUCCCUCUCAGCUUCUGUGGGGUCUGCAUAACCUCAAGGUACUGAACUUGCAAAAAAACUCUGAUACAUUUUUUCAACAUAUUUCAUUGGAACCCCUUACUAAUUUAGAAGUUCUUGACAUGUCUAGUAUAGUCAGCUCAAAGUUAACACUAACAUUAAAGCCAGAAUUCUUCAGAUGCCUAAACAAGCUCCAUUAUCUCAUACUGGAUAAAAACAACAUUGAAGACCUUCCAUCCAAUAUAUUUUCAGGACUCCAGUCAUUGCGUAGUAUCUCUUUAAAAAAUAACCUGCUUGGAAACAUCAGCAAAGAGCUACUCUCCAAUGUUAGUGCCUUGAGAUAUUUGGACCUUUACCUAAAUCCAGUUUCAUGCUCUUGUCAGAAUGAAUGGUUCCAGAAUAUGUCUCUCCACAGUGAACAGGUUUUUGUGCCCUACAUUGAAAACUAUACAUGCAGUAGAGAGUCAGAAACAGAAAUUCUCUUCAAGGAUUUGGAUUUAUCUUUCUGCAAAAUAGAUAUAGGAAUGAUUGCUUUUUUGAUUGCAUUUCCAAUUACAUUAAUGACCAUAGUUUCCUCACUUGUGUAUGGACAACUGUCAUGGACGUUGAGGUUUAUGUUUUACAUGCUCAGGGCUUGGAUCCUUGGAAAGAUCCAGAAGGCAGAUAAAAGCUGGAAAUAUGAUGCUUAUGUGUCAUACUCAUCGCAAGAUGAAUACUGGGUGAUGCAUAAACUUUUGCCUAAUCUAGAAGAAGAAGGCAUUCAAAAGUACAAGCUCUGUUUCAAGCCAAGGGACUUCAUUCCAGGGACAUACCUUAUUGACAAUAUUGAAAAUGCAGUAAAAAACAGCAGGAAAACUAUAUGUGUGAUUACUAAUAGCUACCUAGAAUGCGACUGGUGUACUGUAGAAAUGCAGCUGGCUUGCUGCCGAGUGCUUUUUGACCAAGAAGAUGUCCUCAUUCUUGUGUUUCUACAGAAUAUUCCUAGCUACAGGCUUUCACAUUAUCAUAGACUGAGAAAGCGCAUUAAAAAGAAAACUUACAUCACUUGGACUGAGGAAAGAACUGGAGAACAGCUUUUCUGGGCAAAACUUCGAGAUGCCUUAAGGACAGAAUCUACAAAUAAAGAUGAAAUGCAGCUUCUUAUUACAGAAUGACAAUGAUUUCAUGCAGGUGUUAGAACUUCUAAAUGUGAUGCCCCUGCUUUUGGAACUAAAGUACGUUUUUACAGUGUUCAAGAGGUGAAAUCAUCAUCGUGAUCAGCCCAUUUUUACCAUGGUUGGGAUGUCACAUCAGCCGUAGCCAAUGUGACCAAAUCAUGAAGAGAAGAAAUGAAAAGAAUCUCCAAAUGCAAAAGCAGAAACAGCAGCUUUUCAUAGAUUAGUAUUAGACUAACUGCCCUUGUAGGCCAUUUUAAGCCUAGCCAAUUAUCCAUUGUGAGACUCAAACCUGCCACCUUGUGUUUGUAAGGCAAAUACCUUAACCAUUAGGCCACCCUCCCAACCCUAGCUUUUGCAUUACAUUUUUGCGUUACAUAAGGAGACCUUGUCUCACCUAGUCAUGUAAUUUCCUUGUUUAUUGGAGAACUGAUGAUUUUAUUAAAAUGUCAGAUCACUUCUUCUCAUCCCCACUCCCUUUUAUCUGAGUUGUAUAUUCUACAAGGCAGAUAUUUGAAGACUUUCAUCUCCUUAAAUAUCAUAACCUGAGCUGAACCUAUAAAAACAGUGGUGAAAUACCAUUGUAUGAAUUGCAUUUUGGUGUUUCUUUUUUAUCUUCUGCCCAUGACUAUCAGUCACAGAGCCUAGCACUGAGCUGUCACCAUAAUAUGUAUAGCGCUUCUUCUGAGAGAUGCCUGUUUGUCAUAGUGAAGUCAAUUUUGUUAUCUCAGAGUCUGCUUUAUGGCACACACAAACUGAAAGCACAUACAGGAAGUUGGCAAACCCAAGUGACAGUGUACUGUUGAAUUUUUAAUGUUUUGACAGUGAUACAAACAUAGUGCUUUUUGGCUUGUGUUCAUUAAAAUAAAUCACAUUUUCAACUA